AUGUUUCACACACUAACGAUUAUCGCGUUAUUAGUAGCUAACGUUUACGGUGGAAUAAUUGAAAGUCUACCCCUUCCGGCCCAGCCUAUUUUCGGAGGCACAGAUGCCAAGGAGGGUGCUGCACCUUAUCAGGUUUCGUUACAAAGAAAUGGCACACACUUUUGCGGUGGAUCGAUCAUUGCUGAUCGAUGGAUACUGACCGCCCGGCAUUGCAUAAUAAAGCACUUAUCGACCCCCGUAAGUGUUCUCGUUGGUACAAAUGACAUUAAAAAAGGUGGCACCAGAUAUAUUGUUGACCGUAUCCGUUAUUACGGCAGAUUAAACGCGUCGAUCGAGAAGAACGAUAUCGCCUUGUUGCGUCUGUCAACCCCACUGAAGCUUACCAAAAGGGUAAAAAUAAUUAAAUACUUCACGGCAGUAUUCAUUCCCGAUAAUGCUACCUUUACCGUCACUGGCUGGGGACAUAUCGAUGCAAACAAGCACACGAAUAAGCUUCAAAGCCUCGAUCUGCAGCAUGUUGCUCUCGACCGUUGUAGAGCCAUUUAUGCGAAAAAAAAUGCAAACCAAUCGACAUCGGUCAGUGAGUCAAUUCUGUGCUCUGUUUCUCGCAAGAAUGGCGAAGGAACUUGUCACGGUGAUUCUGGUAGUCCGGUAAUAUGGAAGGGACGGCAGGUCGCCUUAGUUAGCCGGUUGAUGGAAACUUGCGCUUCGGGAUAUCCUGAGUUUGAAACACGCGUUUCUUUCUAUCAUGGUUGGAUACAGAAGACGAUUGCUGACAACAGUGAUUAA